CAAAACAAAAGCCACACAAUUCAACCAUCAGGCGCUGGUCGCUUUUUGUUUUUCUGUAUUCCAAGACAUCAUUAUCAUCUUUAUAAAGAUUUAAAGUAAGAUUUCGCACCAUGCCGAGCAGUACAUCUUUGCUGGAAGCUGAGGAGGGCGAGUCUGAAGUGCCCCCGCCGCUAGUCCACGCGUUCACCGGUAUGGGCCUCGAGGAUAGCAGCACCCCAGAACAACAAGACGCGGAUGAAAACCUCUCCUUCCAUCCCCACCACCACCACAAUCUCCCCCCGGUCUCCCAUUUUAGCAUGCUCGGUACGGUUUUAGACUUGAAACCACUGCCUAGCUUGCACCGAUCGCCGUCAGAGGAGGACCUAAGCGGGGAUGAAGACGCGGGAGGAGUCGGUGAAUGCCCGAGUGGUGGGUCGCUGCUGCUAGCCCAGGCCCACCGCCACCAUCAGCAGCAGCAGCACCUCCAGGCCGGGUUGGAGCACACUUCCCCGGUAGAGACGGUGCUCUUGUACACCGGGGAUGAGCGGGAAGACUCCGGGAUGAGCACCGUGGCCAGGCUCCAGUCCGGCGUGUUUGGAGAUCCGAGCUACGAGGCCGAAAGCUCGCUCCUAAAUCGGCGGAAAAGCGUAAAUACGACUGAAUGUGUGGCUGUCCCGAGCUCCGAGCAUGUAGCAGAGAUUGUAGGAAGGCAGGGUUGUAAGAUUAAAGCACUCAGAGCGAAGACCAAUACCUACAUAAAGACUCCAGUGAGGGGGGAGCAGCCGGUGUUUGUGGUCACAGGUCGGAAAGAGGAUGUGCUGAUGGCCAAAAGAGAGAUUCUGUCUGCAGCCGAACACUUUUCCCUCAUCAGAGCCUCACGAAACAAGGCCGGACCCCUGACGGCCGUGACAGGUCCCGGGGCCCCUGCUCUGCCCGGCCAGACCACUAUCCAGGUGCGGGUACCGUAUCGUGUUGUUGGGCUGGUUGUUGGUCCAAAAGGAGCCACAAUCAAACGUAUCCAGCAGCAGACCCACACUUACAUUGUAACUCCAAGUCGUGACAAAGAACCUGUGUUCGAAGUCACUGGAAUGCCAGAGAAUGUGGACCGCGCUCGGGAAGAAAUCGAAGCCCACAUCGCCAUGCGUACCGGAACAUGUGGACCAAUCGAAACGCCCGGAGCAGACAACAACGACUUCCAGUUCAACGGCACAGAUGUCAGCUUCGAGGGUUCUUUGACACCUCUUGGGUUGGGAGAAGGCGGGUGGCUCCAAAGUGCGUCGUCCCUUAAUGCUGGGUCAAUUCUCGCACUGAGCAUUGAAAACAACCAGCGAAUGAAAAGCAAUAUCAAUAAUGGUGUAAGGAUGUCUUCCACAUACCGAAAUGACAGCUCUAGUUCAUUAGGUAGUGGUUCGAGCUCGGCCGAUUCCUUCUACAAUGGAAAUCGUGGUGUGGCAGACUUGAGCCCUACUUGCCUGUUCAAUGCUAAUUCUAACAAUAACAACAACAGUAAUGGUGGCUCAAGUUUCUGGUUUGGAGAAGGUGUUUUGCCCAUGGGGUCCGAAGAUUUGGUGAGCCUCGGGAGUGGGAGUUCGUCUGGAUUCGACCCACUGACCAUAUCCACAGCUCCGGCAGCGUUCUCACCUGCACAAGGCCAAAUAUGGAGUCCCUUCAUAGACCCGCCCACUUUCCAAACCCUGGAUACUCGCCAAAGCCAAGUGAGUCAGCCCGGUACUCCACGCCUCUCCCCCACCUUCUCUGGCCCUGAUGCCUUGGAGCACCCUCUGGCUCAGCGGGUACAGCGUCGCCCCUUCUCUGCGUCCGGAGCUCUGGACGCCCAGCGCUUCCCCUCCUGCGGCUCCACCUUCUCUUCAUCGAGCGACAGCACUGCAUCGUCGUCAUCCUCACCUCCCGCUCUGACCGCCGGCGGCAGCAGAGGGGUGGAGGUGUGCGUCAAUUGUUUGGAGAGUCAGGUGAUCGCCGCGUUGGUGCCGUGUGGUCAUAAUCUCUUCUGUCUCGAUUGUGCAACUCGGAUUUGCAGAAGCGCCGAUCCGAUCUGCCCCGUGUGUCUGUCUCUGGCGACGCAAGCCAUUGUAGUCCGCAACAUGUGAUUCUUCUUUCUUUUUUUUUUUUUAGUUCAUUUAUUCGACCUCAAGACUCAAUGAGCUUUCCCCAACAAAGAA